AAGAUAUUUGAGCUUAUCAAAAUGGGUCGAAAAAUUACUGAAGAAAUUCGCAAGUUUGGCUUGGAGUAUUGUGAUCUGCCGACAAUGUUAUCCAAUGUGUCUGAUAUGCUGAGAAUAUUGACUCUAAACAUCGAUGGACGAAACAACAAACCCAUCCCCACGUUUUUCUACGUGUUAACGAUAUCGGUAUCCAUAACGUAUUUCUACGUGUACGUGUUCUCCGGCAUCUGGUUCACGUUCGUCCGCUGCCGCGAGACAGGUGACCUGGUGGCCGCCGCCAUCGUCUUCUCCCUGAACAGCACCAGCGAGGUCGCCAUCAUCAAGCUGUUCUACAUGAGGAUAUAUGAGAAAAAACUCAAGAACUUAACAAACAGAUAUCUAGCGUGUGACGCCCUUGUGGUCAAGGGAAGCCGGUUUGCACAGAACAUGACGAAGGCUCUCAGGAGUGUGAAGAAGCGAGCCAUCAUCUACUGGCUGGUGCUCAUGGUGGACGCCGUGCUGUAUGUGGCACAGCCCAUCGUCACGCCAGGACAGCAUCUCACUGUCGACGCUUACGUCAUUUUCGGUCUAGAGCCAAUGUUUCAGUCUCCUAACUACGAGAUAGCCGCCGUAGUGAUGGCCAUCGACGUCAUCUUCAUCUGUUACACAGUCGCCAAUGUUUCUGGCUUCCUCAUAGUUAUCAUCGGGUACACGGAGGCUCAAAUGCUAUCCCUAAGCGACGAAAUGCUACACCUAUGGAGUGACGCCCAGAACCAUUACCAGAAAACUAUGAAAGAAUGGAGCAAUUUUGAAUCAGUUUAUUUUGAAAACAAAAUAUUCAGUGAUUAUAAAGAAGAGGAUAUACUUAAUCAGUACAUAAAAGAGAAUCUUGUUGACAUUAUAGGAAGACACGCCGUCAAUGUCAAUCUGUUGGAGGAGAUCGAAUAUGCAAUGAGAGGACCAAACGCUGUCGGAUUCCUAUUCCUUAUUACUGGUUUAAUAGCGGAGUUGCUCGGUGGACUAAACAACACUAUGCUACAGAUACCAUUCACGUUAAUACAAGUAGGGGUAGACUGUUACAUAGGGCAAAAGGUCAUGGAUGCCAACAUUAGGUUCGAACAAGCUGUGUACGACUGCAAAUGGGAGAACUUUAAUGAGUCGAAUAAAAAGAUAGUGUUGGUGAUGCUUCAGAACUCGCAGAAGACGAUGACGUUGUCUGCCGGGGGCAUGGCCACGCUGAGCUUCAGUAGUUUCAUGUCAAUUAUAAAGUCCUCGUACUCAGCUUACACUACGCUAGGGUCCAUGAUUUAAUGAACACGGCUAU